AUGCAACGGCUGCGGCUCGACAUAUCCGAAGCCUUGCUCACACCUGCCAUCCGCGAGCAGGGCCUGGGCAGGAGCUGGUUUUGGCCCAGUCCCGCCGCCGUGACCAUCGCCGACUUCGCCCGUGAGGUCCAUGUCCACUUCCAACUCGACUGCCCGGGCGGCCCCGAGGGACUCCGACUGGUGCUGGGCGGCUACACGUUGCCGCCGGAUGGGCCCGUGGAUCUGCUUCGGGAUGGAGAUCUCAUCGCUGUACAAAAACUGUUCCAACCGCGAGCGCUUCCCCCAGCGUCGCAGUAUAAUAGAGCUGCGCGGCCUGCAUUGGCAGCUGCACAAAAGGGCCCCCAGCUGCUGCUGCUGCAGCACCAGGGCGGAGCUGGAGCCGCCGGCGCUGCCGCCCCUCCCGGCGGCGGCGCUGCCGGAGCGACAGCGGGCGCGCAGGUCGGCAGCCCCAUCGGCAGUCUCCCUAACGGUACCGGGGCCGCCGCCGUCGCCGGCAGCGGCAGCGGCAGGAAACGCAAACGGGCACUGGCGCAUGGCGUAGGGAAUGGCGGUGGUGUCGGCGGUGACGGAGCAGCGGCGGCGGUGGUGGGAGGCACCACGGUACUGGGCGGUGCAAAUGGAGCUGGAGGUGGAGGAGGUGAGGGUUGCCAGCAGCGCGUGGGCGAGCAGCCGCAGCAGCAGCAGCCGCAGCAGGAGGGGGAGGAGGAGCUGGGGCAGCAGCACGCAGCCAAGGGGCAGUCUACGGCGCUGGAACCGACGGCUGUACAACCCGCAGUAGCAGCAGCAGUAGCAGCAGCAGGUCCAAGCACGGGCGCUGCUACAGCCGGCGGCGAUGCCGGGCUGGUACGGCCGGGCUCCCUGGCGCAUGGCCACCUCGAUGGUGGCGGCUGUGGUGGUAAUCGUGGCGGUGGUGAUGGGUUUGACGGGGCCGGCGCGACGGCAGCCCACGUGGACCCUGGAGCAGGUGAGAUGGCGGCGGCGGCGGCAGAGGCGGCUGAUGGCGGCGGAACAGACGCAGACGGAACGGAGGCGGACGCUGCAUUGACAUCGGCGGAUGGCAAGAAACGUGCAAGUCGUAGCGCGCGGCGCAAGGCCGCCAAGCGACGUCUGCGGCGCAGCGGCGUGUUGCCGUACAAAGGGUCUAGUUUGGCUGCGGGUGCUGGAGCCGGUGGGGGUGUGGCGGGCGGCGCCCGGGGGGGUCCGGGUGGCCACCAGCAGCAGCAGCAGCAGAUGGGGGCCCCGGCAGCCGGACGCGGGAAGAAAGACAAGGCGCAGAGACAGCAGCAGCAGCAGCAGCAGCAACAACAACAACAACAGCAGCAGCAGCAGCAACGGACAGGGGAUGGUAAGGCCGCGCAGCAACAACAGCAACCGGGUUUGCAGCGGCGAGGACAGCAGCAGCAGCAGCAGCAACAUGACCAACAGACCUCAGCCAUGAUGGCAGCUGCACUGGCUGCAUCCCCUCUGGACCCCAACGGAACCCUGUCGCCAUCCGCGGCCGCUGGCUACACGCACUACGCCGCCCAGUAUUGCACGGCCGCAGCCGCCGGCGGCAGCGGUGGCGGCGGCGGCGGCAGUCGCAGCAUUGCCGCGGCUGCAGCUCCGGCGAAAGCUCCUGCUACUGCGGGACCACUUGUAGUACAACGGCAGCAGCAGAAACAGCUGCGCGGCGCUACCACGGGUCUACGUGGGGUACUAAUGAACGCGGCGGCGGCGGGGGCGGCAGGGAAGCAGACAACCCGUCCUGCGGCUACAAGCUCCGAGACCACAACCAGCAGUAAUGGUGACAGCAGCAGCAGUAGCAGCGAAAACGACAGCAGCACUAGCACUAGCACUAGCAGCGAAGAGGAAGACAGCGACAUUUCCUCCGACGAGCCGCCAACCCCCGAGGACAAGGCGGGUGCUGGGGCCGCCGCGGCAACCGCUGCUGGUACGGUAGCAGCAGCGGCGCCAGCAGCGGCCUCCGUGGAGUACGACAGCUUGCCUGCCGUACAGGGCCCCGUGGCGAGUGGGGAUAUAUUGGCCUACAAACUGCUGGAGAUUGGACUAGACAUGUGCCCCCGGGUGUCCGGGUGGCGCCAGUGCCGCGUCGUGGCAGUGGACUCCUCGACGGGCUCCGUGGUUCUGGAGCCGCACCCUGACCCACGGGUCCACCCGCUGAGGAAGGAUCUGGACGAGCUGCGCGCCCGGAUAGCCGCGGAGUCCGCCAUGGCGGCGGCGGCUGAUGGCGAUGGUGAUGGUGAUGGGGCAGCCGCCAUCCGUAAAGCCAAAGGCUUAAGCGGUGCCGGCGAAUUGGAGGAGCACCUGGAUUGGGAGUCCCUGCCCUUCCCGACAGAGUACGACGCCGAUGGCCUACUGAUGGUGACGUUGGACCGUCUUGCGGAUGUACGACGAGUCGUACAAUCCAGUUCCAUGGCAGCAACAGCAGCAGCAGCAGCGGCGGCGGCGGUGAUGCCGCCGUCGAUACUUCCGUCGGCAGCAGCAGCUACAUCCAUUUCAACGCCUGCGCAAGCGGGGGCGGCAAUCAUGUUGACGCCAGCCGCCGCCAGGGGCCGAGCAACGUCCGCGGCGGCCACGCCUGCUACAGCGGCGCCUGCAUCCGGCGCCAAGCGGCCUGCGACACGAUCUCUAACCGCCGCGGGACCGGCGGCCAAGACACCGAGACCAGCUCCGCAGCCUGCAGCAAGACCCUCCGGCGGCGGCGGCGGCGGCGGACGUGGAGGGCCGUCCGAGCCCCGCGGCCCUCCUGCAAGCCGAACCUCCACUCCGCGGGGGCCGCAAUGGGGAACACCUGCCGCUGCUGCCUCCGGCGCACGGAGACCGCCGCCAGCGCCGCCGCGGCGAGGGCCUGCCGCCGCCACAGCCGCGACGGCGGUAACAGGAGUGGCGGCGGCGGCACAGCCCCGCGGCGGCGCUGCCCAGGGAGCACACCUGCUGCCGCCGGGAUCCGUCGUCCCGGCGGUUGGAGGUUGGUCUGAAAUUGCGGAGCAGAUGCGGCAGCGGCGGCUGGAGCUGGCCGCCGCCAACACGCCUGCUAGCACGCCGCCGCCGCCGCCGCCACAACGGGCUGGCGGCUCUAGCACUUCUUCCGGCGCGGCAGCGGCGGCGGAGCUGCAGAAUCGGCGGCGGGACUGGCAAGAACAGCCGCGGCCGCCGCUGAUACCGCAGCCGUUGGCGGGUCGAGGGGCUGAGCAGCAGCAGCAGUGUAAAGAACCAAUUGAGCUGCGUCAGUCUGGUACGGGUACUGCAAAUACUCGUACGGGUACGGGUGCGGGUGCGGGUACGGGAGGAGCUGCUGCAAGGAGGGCGGAUGGACCGCCGCCUGUGCCCGAUGUCACUGUGCCGCGCUUCUGCAAUGGAAGCGCUGUAGCGGCAGAUACAGAGGCGGCGGCGGUAGAUGGGGCACAGCUUGGUGGGGUGGAAGCGGCGACGGCGGGGACGGCGGCGACAGCAUCUGUCGGAGCGGCUGUACGAACUCCCGGGGCGGUGAAACCGCGCGGCGGAGCGCGUCGUGUUGCUUUGGGCCCUAUGCUGUCCUAUUUGCGCAGCAGCGGCGAGCUCUGA